UCAAAAUAAAAUAAAGUAGGGAGGAGGAAACCAAACAAAAGCAAAAGCAAAAGCAGGUGGUGUCCUUUUUGUAAGAUUGUCUUCGUCUCUGCCUUCCAUCUCACCCGCUCUCUUCGGAAAAUCAUCAACUUCCUCUUUGCCUCUGAUUCGUUCCUCGAAACAAUCAAUCAAUCAAUCACCUGGAGCCAGUCUCCAACCUUAUGAUCUCGAAUUUUUAAAGAGGCUGGUGAUGGCUUGUAAAGAAGAUACUAACGCAUCUGCACAAGAUGAAGCCACUGAGAUAUGUAAGACUGAAUUGGAAUCUCGUCGGUUUCAGGUAGAUAGUUUAGAAGCUGAGCUUUUGGAUGUCAAAGCUUACCUUGACUUUGGUUCAGAAGAAGACGCCAGAAAAGAGGUAGGCGUUCUUUCAACUAGGGUGAGAGCAACUGCAACAAUGUUGCGGUACUUGAGAUCAAAAGCUAGAGUCUUGUCCAUUCCUGAUCUACCUCAGAUGGAAUAUGAGAAAGACGGUGGUUCAUCCUCGUGUAUAGAGGAUGAGAUGCUCCAGUCCAUAGAGAUGGUUACUGGGGUGCUUGAGUCUCUCGUUAGGAGAGUCACAGAAGCGGAGUCCGAGACGGCUGUGCAGAAGGAGAUGGCGCUUUUGGGAGAGGAGGAACUUAGCAGGAAGACGGUUCAGAUCGAGAAUCUGUCUGUGAAGCUACAGGAGAUGGAGAGAUUUGCUCACGGGACUAAUGGUGUCCUGAGCGAAAUGAGGGAAAGGAUUGAGGAGCUAGUUGAAGAGACGAUGAGACAGAGGGAGAAGGCUGUUGAGAAUGAAGAGGAGCUGUGUCGUGUGAAGAGAGAGUUCGAGUCUCUUAAAAGCUAUGUCAGUACUUUUACUAAUGUCAGAGAAACGCUUCUUUCUUCUGAGAGGCAAUUCAAAACCAUCGAGGAGCUUUUUGAACGGUUGGUGACAAAGACGACACAACUAGAGGGGGAGAAGGCGCAGAAGGAGGUUGAAGUUCAGAAACUGAUGGAAGAGAAUGUGAAGCUGGCGGCACUUCUUGAUAAGAAAGAGGCUCAGCUUCUAGCUUUGAAUGAACAAUGCAAAGUUAUGGCUUUAAGUGGAUCAAACAUCUGAACAAUUUGCUUAUAUCUUCGCCGGCGUUGUUGUUUUUUUGGCUCAUCUCUUGUUUUUGGCUCGUCAGAUUGUUGCAAAGCUUCUUACUCUAUUUGGCAUUUGUUUCAGAGAGAACAUUCUUGUGACUUUUAUCUGUAAAUUUAUUAAGGCUUAUGCAAAAGCAAAGAUAAGCCCCCAGAGUUUGAACUUUC